ACUGACAGUUCGAGACACAUCAACAAUGUCUGUGACGGUACCUUUACUGGAUGACGAUACGGUCCCAUUCGGAGAGGAAGAUGAACUAAAUCCGAACAGAAAUGCCAAAACUUAUUCACAUCCCUACAUUGUCUUCUUUCACUUGGGCUUUCGAGGGACUGCGCUACUUGCCUACAUCCUCUGCGGAUUUUUCUCUGAUUCCUAUAUAACUUCGUUCGUAGUCAUAGUUUUACUGCUGUCAGCCGACUUUUGGGUCGUUAAGAAUAUCACAGGGCGCAUUUUGGUAGGGCUUCGAUGGUGGAAUUUCGUCGAUGACGAAGGCAACUCCAAAUGGAUUUACGAAUCCAAGUCGAAGGAGGGGCAAAAGUACGGACAAGCCGAUGAAGUGCGAAUUUUCUGGCUUGGACUCAUCGUUUCGCCUGUGAUAUGGGGAUUAUUUUUCAUUGUUGCUCUUUUUGGACUGAAACUCAAAUGGCUUCUUGUCGUUCUGAUAGCUCUUGCCCUGAACGGAGCGAAUUUGCACGGAUAUAUCAAAUGUCACUUUGGCGCAAAUAAAGAUGUGACAUCAGCAGCACAGGAUUUCGUCAAAGGAGCCGUGAUGAAAAAUGCUGUGAACAGUUUCUUUAGUGCGACAACGCCAAAUGCGGCGCCUCCCAAUGCCGGAGGAGCUAAUAUGACUGUUUAAAGCCAAAAAAGCAUUAAAUUGCACGUCUGUAUUGUACAUUAUUUAAUUUUAAUUUGUAAAUUUAUGCAUUUUCAAUAAAUUGAAAAUUAACGAA